CCUACCGCUGCCGACUCCCCGCCUUCUCCAUCCGGGCGUCACAGGGCGAAUAAGAGUGGGACCGCGCCUGCGCGCCCAGCCCUACUCCUUCGACCUCUGCCGCCGCAGCAAGCUCCCGGAAAGAGAGAAAGCGGGAGAGGAGCUCACGUUGCCUGCCACCCAAGCCCUGCAGCCGCGCCGCCCCGAGGAGUGUAAGAUGUUCGCCUGCGCCAAGCUCGCGUGCAACCCCGCUCUGAUCCGAGCUGGAUCCAGAGUUGCGUACAGACCAAUUUCUGCAUCUGUGUUAUCUCGACCAGAGGCUAGGACUGGAGAGGGCUCUACAGUAUUUAAUGGGGCCCAGAAUGGUGUGUCUCAACUAAUCCAAAGGGAGUUUCAGACAAGUGCAAUCAGCAGAGAUAUUGACACUGCUGCCAAAUUUAUUGGUGCAGGUGCUGCAACAGUAGGAGUGGCUGGUUCUGGUGCUGGUAUUGGAACAGUCUUUGGAAGCCUUAUCAUUGGUUAUGCCAGAAACCCUUCGCUGAAGCAGCAGCUGUUCUCAUAUGCUAUCCUGGGAUUUGCCUUGUCUGAAGCUAUGGGUCUCUUUUGUUUGAUGGUUGCUUUCUUGAUUUUGUUUGCCAUGUAACAGAAAUUACUGCUUGAAAUGCUGGCAUUCAUAUUAAUUACGGAUGUAAUUCUGUGUACUUUACUGUGACUCCGAACACUGUAGUAUUGGUGUCAUGGAAAUAGACGUUAUUUCCAAAGUCAUUUCAUUAAAGAUGAAAACUUUAA